UGUUUCUCUCACAGAGGGCGUCACGCAGUCAGUGAAGUCACCUCAAUGCAAAAUGAACACAACGCUCUGAAGUAACCAGGGAUGCUUUAUUUGGAAGACUCAAAAGACACAUUUCUGUAGUGUUUCAGAUCCAAAGGAACUUUCUUCAAUAUCUGUGACUGUCAUUUAAAUCGCCACCAUGGGUGAUGUGAUUUCUACCAACCUGGACGAAGGCAAACGGGAGAUGAUUACAGCCCGCACCAGUGCUGUGAUGGCAGAAUUUGGGAGGUUUUAUGAGCAGCAGUACGCUGUGGCUUUGUUCAACAGCGUACGCUAUGAGAUCGAAGGAGGAGGGAAUACCCAGACACAACUGCUGCAUAGAAAGGACCCUCUGAAGAACAAGUCCAUCUUCUCUGGAGGUUUGUUUCAGUACCUGGAAGAGAGCAAGAAAUGGAGGAGCCGCUUUUUGUAUGUGGGCGACUCCUACAACAUCAGCUUGUAUGAGAGCAAAGCGGCACAUGAUCGAGGUCUCCACUCCAAAGGGGCCAUUAACUGCGCCGGGUACAGAGCCCUGACCUCAAUGGAGGAAUACCUGGGGCUUCUCAAUAAUAGCCUGAGUGAUACAAAGGCCAAAGCUGCCGGUGCCCCAUUUCUGAAAUGUCCCACACAGUUUCCCAUCAUCCUGUGGCAUCCAUACGCCCGCCAUCACUACUUCUGUGUCAUGACGGAGAAAGAACAGAAGAAGUGGCACGCCGUCUUCCAGGACUGUGUGAGACACAGCAACAACGGACUGUCAGAAGAGUGUAAGGUUGCGACACCAGCUUUCACGGAUGCCCUGCGGCUCUACAGGCAGGCCAAGGAUCACUAUGGCACCUGGGACAUGAUGUGUGGAAACCAAGCACAGAUUCUUGCUAACCUGGCGAUGGAGACUUUGCACCCUGAACUGAAGAAUCUGAUCGUACCUCGGCUGAAAGGAAAACUACAACAGAGACAGAGGGACUGGAUGCUGAUCUCAGAUGCAGUAUACAGACAGGUGCUGUCACAGACAAAUACUCAACACGAAGCUCUGGCUCAAGUAUGUGAGGUGGAGCGCCCCCGUCUGGACUCUGCUCUGCGCACAGAUAUGGAUCAGAUCAUCACGUCCAAAGAGCACGUUUCUGGAAAGAUCCGUGCGUUGGUGUUGCCCCGUGUUGAACACCUUGUGAGAAGCAAGGUUCAGCCCUACAUCCACUCCAUCCUGGAGGCCCUCAUGGAGCCCACCAGCAGAGGAUUCUCUGAAGUGAGGGACAUCCUCUUCCGUGAGCUGGUGGAGGUCAGCAAGAACACAAUGAACGAUAGCAGCAGUGAGAAACUGGGAGAGCAUAUGGACAAGAUUUCCAUGUUGGCCUUCCAUCCGGUGAAGAUGCAGAGCUGUUAUGAGAAGAUGGAGGCGUUGAACCUUGAAGGCCUCCAGCAGAGAUGUGACGUGUCCAGUCCCUCUGUGUUCAUCCAGAGAGCUCAGAUCCUCAUGAGACAGCAAAUGGACAACGCAGUGCACACAUUUGAGCAGCUGGUCCAUCAGAGUCUAGACGGCCACAGUGGGGAGGAUCUCUGCAAGACCAUCCAGCGCUGUCAGGACCGAGUACUCAAAAAAUAUGACUAUGACAGCAGCACAGUGAGGAAGAAGUUCUUCAGGGAGGCUUUGCUUCAAAUCAUCAUACCGUACAUGCUGAAACAGCUCUCCCCAUCCUGUUCACCGGAUCUGCCCAAGUUCAAGGAGCUCAUCUUUGAGGACUUCUCUAAAUUCAUACUAGUAGAGAACAUCUUUGAGGAAGUGGUCCUGCAGUCAGUCAGCAAGGACAUCAUGAUGGCUGUGAAGGAAGCUGCGCUCCAGCGAAGGCACAACCUGUACAGAGACAGCAUGGUCCUGACCAACAGCGACCCCAACCUGCACCUGCUGGGAGAGGACACCAUCGACUGGGCUGACCAGUUCGGAGGAGUUAAGGGAGAGAGGCAAGGUGACGAAGUGGUCAACAGGAGACGCAAACAGAUCGUCUCCAUGAUCCACCUGGACGGGAUGCCUCUACCAUACGAGUCCUGCCAGGAAGUACCAGGAGUGUACGGCAUCCCAGAGGAGAACGAAGGGCAGACAGAACAAGAUCUUGAAACAGAAAAGCCUGCGAACCCAAUACAGCACGUACCCAUCGAGAAAGAACCAGGUUCUCCUGACAGCAUCAAUGAGAUCCGAGACCUCAUAAACCCUGUGCUGGAAUUUGUCGAAAAAGACUGCUCACAGUUGACCAACGGGAUGUUGCCUUUGGAAGAAGGCGAUGAGGUGAAGCACAUCACAACGGUAACAGAGAUCGUGCCAAGGGAAUCACCAAAAAAGGUUGACGAAGAAUUGGAUACCACCCAGAUCGAACAGUCUUUAGAAGAGGAGCAGUCCGUAUCCGCCAUUGAAAGCGCCAUUCAACAGAUCGAGAUCGCCAUCCAGGAAGACCCCAGCGAGAACCUGAGCGAAUGCGCCAUUGACUCUGAUGGGGAAUUCGCUCAAACCUCUACCAACUCCAGCCCUCUUCAUCAUGAUGACAGUGGGUUUCAGUCUCCAGCCAAUGAGAAUGUAGAAGAAGUGGAGCCUCAGGCAAUCACAGACGAGGUGGUGGACACAGAGCAAGUGAUGUUAACUCUGGUGGAGGGAGUGAAGUGUAGCAUUGAUUUAGACGCCAAAGCUCCUUGUGAUGCUUCAGAAAAGAAAUCAGAAUUUGAAAUCGAAAGUUGAGAUAUAAGCGAGAUAUAAAACAUAUUAUAAACUGAAAGUGUUUGCUGACACACUUUUGUUUGCUUUCCAUCAGCAACACUUUAUGGGUGAUAUUUCAGCCAGUUUGUUGUUAAUUUAAUUUAAUUUUAAUUACAGUUUUAUUUUCUGUUUUUCCAGUUAAUUUAGACAUUUUGUGGAUGUUUAUCAAUGAGAAAUUUGUGUAUAUGUAUACAUAUUGAAUAUUCUCAUAGGCUAUAUACACAGAUUUAUAUGACCUUCUGUGCCUUUAUUUUAUUUUAUGUAACUCAUGACUCCCACACUAAUUAUAAUGUGGCAGAGGUUUCAUAAACUGUCAUUAUCUUGGACAGUUCCAUUUCCUGUUCCUGUGCUCACUUGUUAGUUUGGUUGCGGGUGGAGUAAACCAGCAUGCUUCCACCUCUUGACAUCGGUGAGGAGGUUAGUAUUGUAACUAAUGCAAAUGUGUGGACUUCACCUGAAUGUACUCGUAUGUACAGUGAAGUGACUUGGUGCAUUAGAAAGGAUCUCAAAAGUACAGUGAUAUUUCAUAGGGUCCAUCUGAAACUUUAGUCUUUUUUGCCUUCUGUUAAUUGUGGAAUAUAUUCAAACACUAAUUGUGCAUGUAUUAAUGCAGCGUAAUUAAGCACUUAAACAAUAACUCUGCAAAUGCAUUCAGAUAAAUUAAAGCUUGCUUUUUAAUGCUUGUAGACUUUCUUUUGUGGUUUUAAAGUGAGCUAGUUCCUAUAGAAAGCAUUAACACUCUGUAAUGUGUGUUUAGUUCUCACAGACGUGCUGUGACCCAGAUUCACAUCCUCCACCUGUUUAUGUGUCUUAAGGAAGAUGGAAAUCCCAUUACUGAGUUGCAGAUAGAGCUUAAUGGCAAAGGAUUGAAGUAGGUGUAGAAAAAUCCUUCGAAUCAGUUCACAUCUUAGUUUAGUAGCUUUGUGGAAACUUUGGGGAGCUCAGCUCAUGUGUGAACGUGAGGAAUUCUGGGACAUCAUACAGGACUGAUGGGCAAAGGUUUGCUCUGGUAUGUAGCUGUGGGAUUUUCUUUCUUUUUUUCUUUUUUUGCUAAAUUACUAGAAUUACCGUUAAUUCAUUACUGGACAUUUAUGUUUGAAUGUUUUCUGCUCAUUUAUCUAUCAUUUUAGCUCCACGCAUAUUUCACUGGUUAUUUAUUUUUAAAGUGUGAUAUUUUCUACAUCUUCUGUUCCUUUGUAAGGCAGCAAUGGAUAAAUAAAUGACUAUUAUUUUGAAAUGUGUAUGCUGUGUAAAUUAAUUUAAGAUGUUACACUGGCAUUCAAAAGUUUGGAGUCAUUUUCUUAAAGAAAUUAAUACGCAUUAAAUUGAUAUAAUGACUUCUAAGACUUACACAGUUACAAAAAAAAUAAUCUAUUUCAAAUGCUUUUCUGUUUGAACCUUUGAUUCAUCAGAUAAUCAUGAAAAAAUAUAUUAUAGUUUCCACAAAAGUAUUAAGGAGCACAACUAUUUUGAACAUUGACAAGAAAUGCUUCUCGAACACUAAAUCAGCACAUUAGAAUGAAGAUGCUGCAAAUCACAGGAAUUAAAUGCAUUACAUUAUUACAAAUUGCAUGUAUUUUAGAUUAAAUAAAUGUAGCCUUGGUUGGCUUAAAAUCCUUCUUACCAACCCUAAACUUUUGAACGUUAGUAUAAAUUUUAAGCUUUAUAUAUAAAAACCUGACUACCAGGACAAGAAGUUUUGUGAAUUUAGUAUUUUUUUCAUGUCAUUAUAUUGUUUAGAGCAUAAAAAACAAAUUUGAAAAAUAGAAUUUUUGAAAAAUAUUGUAUGCUAGGUGCUCUGUAGAGGACAUCAGGACUUUAAAAUGUCCUGUUUUUAAAAAAAAAAAAAAAUGGAUAGAAAUUAAUAGACAUGAAAAGGCAAAAAGAGUGGGAUCUUUGUUUUUAAUCACAAAUCAAUUUUUAUUUUUUAUAACAAACUAAAGAUAUUUUUCUUUAUUGCUUUUUGCUGCCUCUGGGGCAACUGAUAAGUCAUUUUGAAGGCAUUCGCUAUCAUUGCUAUGCAGAUGAUAUUCAACUAUAUAUUUCUUUUAAGUCUCAUGAAAUUACAAAAUUGUCUACUCUUUUAAAUUGUAUAAACUCUAUUACAUGCAUUUAUUUCCUCGCGCCUUGAUUAUUGCAACUCUCUUUAUACCUGUCUUAGUAAUUCAUCCCUCAAAUGUUUACAAGAGGUUCAAAAUGCUGCAGCUAAGCUUUUAACCAAGUCAUCAAAGAGAUCUCACAUAACCCAAAUAUGAAUUUCUUUACAUUGGCUCCCUGUCAAAUUUAGAAUUAAUUUUAAAAUUCUCAUCAUGGUGUUUAGAGCGUUGCAUGGUCAAGCCCCUGUGUAUAUAAGAGAUGUUGAAACCCUAUAACUCUAAUGGCAAUCUGAGAUCCUCAAAUGUGACCCAGGACUACAAAACCAGUCUUAAGUCGCUGGGGUAUAUUUGUAGCAAUAGCCAAAAAUACAUUGUAUGGGUCAAAAUUAUAGAUUUUUCUUUUAUGCCAAAAAUCAUUAGGACAUUAAGUAAAGUUCAUGUUCCAUGAAGAUAUUUUGUAAAUUUCCUACUGCAAAUAUAUCAAAACUUAUAAUAUGCAUUGCUAAGAACUUCAUUUGGACAACUUUAAAGGCAAUUUUCUCAAUAUUUAGAUUUUUUGCACCCUCAGAUUUUCAAAUAGUUGUAUCUCAGCCAAAUAUUGUCCUAUCCUAACCAACCAUACAUCAAUGGAAAGCUUAUUAUUUAUGAAAAUUAGAAAAAUGUACCCUUAUGACUGGUUUUGUGGUCCAGGGUCACAAAUCAGAUCCUGCUAGUUGUUCCACACUCCAGAAUAGAUUGAAGACAAAAGGAGACUGUGCCUUUGAAAUAGUUGCUCCCAAGUUGUAGAAUGCUCUUCCUCUGGAACUGAGAUCUGUGGACUCGGCGGACAUUUUUAAAAAGCAGCUGAAAACUCACUUAUUAAAAUUUGCUUUUGUCUAAUUUAUUUUUUAUUUUUUUUAAUUGUCAUGUCUAUUUUUAUUCUUCAUUUUACAUUUUUGUUGUAAAGCACUUUGUGACACUUGCGGUUGAAAGGUGCUAUAGAAAUAAAUAUUACUUAAUGAAAAAUGGGUUUUCCCAUUAUAUACAAUGUAUCAAUAAACCAUCUAAUUUGCAUGUAAUUUGUUUUUGGGGCAACGUAGAGUGAAAAAAUAAGUGCAAUAAUGGGAGUAAUAUUUGGCAAGAUUUUCAUAAUAUCUAAUAUUUCAUAUGAAUAUUGAUAUAUAAUUUUUCCCUAUUAAUUUGUUGUCUCCUAAAAUGUGUAAUAAACACGCUUUAAGUCCUGGUGUCCUCUACAGCGGAUUUGUAUGAAAUUGAUGU